GCGAGAGCCGCGCUCCCCCUCGCGCCUCCCCGCCGCCAUCUUGCCUCCUCCSUUAGGGUCGGCGCCGUCGCCGGAGCUUCCCGGCACAAUGUUUUUAACAACAGUAUUACUGCGGAAGAGAAUUCCUGGAAGCCAAUGGAUUGGAAAGUACAGGCAACCAAGAAAGGUUACCACUUCAAUGAAGCAAGCAAUGAUCCGAAGGUUGGAAAUUGAAGCAGAGAAUGAAUAUUGGCUGAGCCGACCUUACCUGACACAGGAGCAGGAAUACAAACACAACACAGAAGAGAGACGUGCAAAGUGGGAAGCUUUCAAACGCCUGAAACAAGCCAAGUUUCCUGAGCACAGAUAUAUGAGCGAUCACUUGAACCACUUAAAUGUGUCAAAGAAGUGGACAUGUUGAAUAAUACAGCACAUUUAUAUUUGGUGUGUCUGCACCAAAUACAGCACUACCCUAGGAUCUGCYCUCGUACCUAUUAUGGUAAUUCACUGUAAUUAGGAUGGGUCACAAAUAGGACUUUGCUAUGGUGUACAAAAUAUGACAUUAAAAUUAUUCCUAGGGAACAGCAUGUUUUCUUAUUAUUGUUUGUUAGAGAAGUUCUUUGUGUGGCUCUCUACCAUCUCCCCACCCUCUGUUCUUAAGGGCUUCAAACAGCAAGUUACCAGGGGCAGUGGUGGUGAUUUAUAGGUAACCCAGAUGAUAGCUUCACUGAUUGCCUUCUGAAAUUCUGGAGAACACUCCUGCUGUGUUGAAAGGGCUUAUCUCCUGGUACUGGCUAGAUAGCUCAGGCUGGUUGCUCCCUUCCUCAGGGAUUGUUCUGUGUACAGCAGUACUUGAGACAUGACUGAUGAUGCUUGCUAUCAGCCAUGCAAGGACCAAGGAGAACUAGAAUUGCAGAGAGAGGGGAAUGAGUUUUGAACUCAUGGAGCAGUAUAAAAUGUUCCAUUUUUAAAAAAAACCUUUUGGAAAGAGUUUUUGGUUUUAAAGUGUCAUUGUCAUGUCGGUGUCAACUUGGGUGUUACUGCCCUCUUACACAGAUUGUUCCUGAUCUGAAAGGAAUACAGCUGAUUCCUGUUUGAGUGGCCAUCUUCUAAGUCAGGCUUAGUAGGCUAAGAAUUAGCCCCAAGUCAGGAUUUUUUAUUUCCCCACAAGACCCAGUAACCUGGAAGAU